AUACCAUCUUCCUUCCCACAAUUGUAUUUUAUUAGGGACUUCGAAAAACCAACUCUACGUUCUUCAACUUCCUGUCAUUUACAGCUCUGGCAGUGUUGAUGCCUAACGUGAAUAAUGGGCAUCUUUGACUCCCAUUAAGCUCACCUUCAUUGUUCUUUGGCCUUCUUUGAAGUCCUUCCUCUCUUUCCACGGCGACUUCUCGAACACCCCGCAAUCUUUUCAGCUGGAGCUCAGGACCAAAUAUUCGCUCCUCGAUCUCUUCACAACUCCGAACCCUUCAACCCGGCCCGUAUUUCUGAUCAGGUAGCGGUGAUGGAGUUGGCGCAAAGUCUCGUGCGCUCCUGCGUUCGGUCCUUCUACGAGACGAAGCAUAUUCUGGUCAUUGACGCACUCAUCCUUCAUUCGGCUCUGCGAGAUGACGAUAUGGCAUACUUGAUGGGCAUGAACACAAAGGAGUUGCACAAGCUGUGCGGGCGAUUGAAAGAGGAUCGCUUUCUUGCAGUUCACACUCGUGCUGAAGUCAAAGAGGGACAGCAACGUCCGAUGAAUCGAACCUACUACUUCAUCGAUUAUCGUGCAACCAUCGAUGCAAUCAAAUGGCGAGUUUAUUUGAUGAACAAGAAAGUGCAAGGAAAUACAGUUCCCGAAGCCGAGCGCAAGGAGUGGUUCUGUUCCAGAUGCAAGUCGGAAUGGACACAGAUUGAGGUUCUCGACAAAUGGUUACCUGAAAGUGGCUUUCUUUGCCAUAAGUGCGGCAACGUGCUCAUACACGAUGUGGAAAACAAUCGUGGUGGCCAUGAACAGUCUACCAAGUAUCAUGCUCAGUUCAGGUUCAUCACGGAUAUGUUGCCAAAACUCGACGAAGUCAUUGUCCCCGAGAACAAUUUCGAUCGUGCCUUCGCUUCACAGUUGAAAGUCAUUCGAGAUGAGACGAACCCGGCCAACGAAACAGCACCUGUCGAUGCGGCAGCAGCGAAACCCACCGCUGUUCGUGGUAUGGCAAAUGUUGGACCAACCUCGAUCUCAGUUACUCUUACAGCAUCAGAGGGUCCUACAGAAGCGGACAUUGCGGCUGAACAAGCUCGAAAGGAAAAGAUCGCUUCGCAAAAUGCCAUGCCAGUCCAUUUCUCUCACAGUACAAUCACUGGAGAGCAGGUCAAGUUCGCUCAGUCAUCACAUCAACCUUCUCAAUCCCUGGAGCACGACAAGAAGAGUGUUGGCGCGGAUACUCCUUUGAUGAAUGGGGAUGGUGCUGAAAUUGAUGAUUAUUUUGCAAGACUGAAAGCCGAGCAACAGAAGGAGGCUGAGCGUGAGAAAGAUGAGGAGUAUGAGACAGAUGACGAGGAAGAUGAAGAGGACUUCGAGGAUGUAGUUCCCACCGGAACAGGAUCGGGCAUUGGAACUCCAGCCAGUUCAGCGGGAGAUUCUAAGCCUAAUCUUGUCUCACUGGCGAAUGGUCUACCAGGAGUCUUGAAGAAGGGUGGUAGUGCAUCAGCCAGUGGGACGAGCACUGGGGCAACGAGUCCGGUAACAGGACCUGGGACACCAAACGAUGAGGGGAGACCUACGAAGAGGGUUCGGAUCGAGGAGCCAGUGCCAAAGGAGGAAGAGAGCGAGGAGGAUAUGGAGUUUGAGGAUGUCUAAAACGACAUUGGUCUUUCUCCAUAAUUGCAUUGCUUUUAGCGUGGCGGGUGCAUUUGAUGUCGGCGUUUAGGAAAAGUGCCUUCACCGGUGGAGAGUGGGGAAUGAUAUCUUGGCGUUGCUUUGCGAAUAUUUGAAGACAUUGUCAGCUCAACUAGACUGCUGGCAAUGCAUGGUGUAAAAUGUACAAAAUGAGUCUAUGAAUGAAUGUCAC